GACUGAAGUCACCGGAGCAACGCCCAUGCGCAAGCAACCUCUUUAGGCAACACGAGAGCCUCCCCAAAAGUCCUCCACCAAGUCUGCUCCUCCUUCGUCCUCGAUUUGUAUCGGUCUGGUGCGACAAACAGGCUGGAUUUGACCGCCCACUCGUUCAACCAUACCAUCCACCCAUAUCCACUGCAUGUGCCUACUUCACUUGCAGCACCUGCUGCGCUCACGUUCGACUACCAAACACCCUGUUGGUCGGGAACUUCUUGCCCUGGGUAAACUCACCUCGCAGCAACCCCAUGGCUUCCUUCUCCAUCCCCUGCACAGACGCACACAGGUCCAUAAACGUUAUCAUGCCCCUCUCCCAUUCAAUCCAACCUUUUCCAAUAUUCAAUUACUGACGGCCCGCAGCCAUCCGUAUGGUGGUGGCUCAUUCUAA